UUUUUUUUUUCUUAAACAGACAAUAUGGGAUCACCCGUGUUGACAGACAAACAACUGGCUAACUUGAAGCUAUACAAGUAUUCAAGUAUAGACAAGUCUUUUCUAACUAAAUAUGUACUUCGACACUAUUGGGACUUUGCUAUUGAACUCUUUCCUUUGAAUAUGGCGUAAAUAAUCUGCUAUGUCUUUAUCAACACACUAAACUUACAUAGUCCCAACUUGAUCACCCUGACAGGUCUUAUGUUCAUGAUCUUCAAUGUUAUACUUGUGCUUGUCUAUGUACCUACGAUGGAAGCCUCUGAAGCUGGUCCUGCAUGGAUCUAUUUCUCAUUUUCUAUUGGUCUAUGGCUAUAUUCCACUUUUGAUAAUGUAGAUGGCCGCCAAGCCAGAAGGACAGGUACAUCAAGUCCGUUGGGUGAAUUAUUUGAUCAUGGCUGUGAUGCACUCAACUGUUCGUUUGCAGCCAUUAUUCAAAUGGCUGCUCUUGGUUUGGGUCAUUCGCAUGCUUCUGUGAUUGUGUAUGCGAUUGCUAUGGUGGGAUUUUAUCUGUCUACGAUUGAAGAGUAUCACACAGGUACUUUGUAUUUGGGUUAUAUCAAUGUACCUACAGAAGGUGUAUGUAUGCUCUGUAUCAUGUAUAUUAUCUCUGGUCUGUAUGGUCCAAUGAUUUGGCAAUCCCAGUUGGGGGAUUUGAUGGAAAGUACACCCACAAACAUGGCAUCAGUGAGGCUGAUUGAUCUCUACCUGUGGCUGCUUGUUGCCUUGUUCUUAUUGACGCAUGUGCCUGUAUGCUUUUAUCGUAUGUAUCAAGCAUGCAAAUCAAACAACAAGCCUUUUAUUCAGUCUAUGGUCUAUGACAAUUGGCAAAUCACAGUCUAUACAGUCUCAUUUUAUUUAUGGGUCAUUUCUCCAUUUUCGUUUAUUCUUUCUCAUGAAUAUUAUGCUCUUUAUUUGUUAGCUGUAGGUGUUGUCUUUGGUCGUAUUUGUUCCAAGAUUAUUUUAGCCCAUUUGACCAAAUCGGACACACCUCCUCCCACUGGACUAUUGAUCCCACUUGUGAUAGGUGCUAUUGUGGCCAAUGUGCCUUAUGUCACCACCAUGAUCCCUCUGUUUACACCCGAAACAGAAUAUGUGUAUAUUAUUGUUUAUUUCUUUGUAUCUUUGGUCUUGUAUUUACGUUGGGCUGUUCUUGUGAUUGACAGCAUUUGUAAUUAUCUCGGCAUUCGUUGUUUAGUGAUUCCUGAUCAACAUGCUAAAUUUUAUUAAAAAAAGAGAGGUUGAAAAAGGGUUGGAUUGAAAGACAAGAGUGCUUCUUGAUCCAA